CCGCCACCGCCGGGCGCGGACCGCGGGCCCUGCUCGGCCCUGGACCCCCGCGGCCGGGCGGGCCGGGCCUCGGAGCAGGGCUCCCAGGACCGGCCGGCCCCCUCCGGCUCCCCCCGGCUCUCCGGCCGCCGGCCCGGCCGAGGCGCCCCCUCCCCCGCGGCCAUUGUGAGGUCAGGCCGGCGGGCGCGUCGGGGGCCGGGGCGACGCCCGGAGCGGCCGCUGCGGCCAGUAGCCGCCGCCGCCGCCGCCGCCGCCCCUUCACCGGCCCCCGCUCAGACCUGGCCGGGAGGGGAGCGAGGGAUGCCGCGGGGGGCCCAGCGCGGGCGCCGCACCCCGUGAAGGGCUGCCCGGCCGCCUCGCCGCGCACCGUGGGGAGCCAGCCCGCCGAGAUGUCCUCCGGUGCUUGUGAAACUGAGCCCAACCAGAGAAUGGAUAUGGGAAACCAACACCCUAACAUCAGCAGGCUGCAGGAGAUCCAGAAGGAAGUGAAGAGCAUCGAGCCCCAGGUGGUUGGCUUCAGCGGGCUGUCCGGCGACAAGAACUACAAGAAGCUGGAGAGGAUGCUGAUGAGGCAGCUUUUCGAGAUCGACUCCGUGGACACCGAAGGGAAGGGGGACGUCCAGCAAGCGCGGAAGCGGGCAGCCCAGGAGACGGAGCGUCUCCUCAAGGAGCUGGAGCAGAACGCCAACCACCCGCACCGGCUCGAGAUCCAGAACAUCUUCCAGGAGGCCCAGGCCCUGGUGCGGCAGAAGAUCGUGCCCUUCUACAGCGGUGGCAACUGCGUGGAGGAGGAGUUCGAGGAAGGCAUUCAGGACAUCAUCCUGAGGCUGACGCACGUCAAGACGGGCGGGAAGGUGUCCCUGCGGAAAGCCCGCUACCGCACGCUCACCAAGAUCUGCGCCGUGCAGGAGAUCAUCGAGGACUGCGUGAAGCGGCAGCCGUCCCUGCCGCUGUCCGAGGACACGCACCCCUCCGUGGCCAAGAUCAACUGCGUGAUGUGCGAGGUGAACAAGGCCAGGGGCACGCUGAUCGCCCUGCUCAUGGACGUGGCCAACAACGAGACGUGCAAGCACCUGUCCUGCGUGCUCUCGGGGAUGAUCGCGGACCUGGACGCGCUGGACGUGUGCGGGCGGACGGAGAUCCGCAACUACCGCCGCGAGGUGGUGGAGGACAUCAACAAGCUGCUGAGGUACUUGGAUUUGGAAGAGGAAGCAGAUUCGACCCACGCGUUCGACCUGGGGCAGAACCAGUCCAUCCUGAAGAUUGAGAAGGUCCUCAAGCGGAUGAGGGAGAUUAAGAACGAGCUGCUGCAGGCGCAGAGCCCCCCCGAGCUGUACCUGAGCGCCAAGACCGAGCUGCAGGCCCUGAUCGGGCAGCUGGACGAGGUGAGCCCCGAGAGGAACCCCUGCAUCCGGGAGGCACGGCGGCGGGCGGUGAUCGCCGUGCAGACCCUCGUCACGCACGUCGACCUGAAGGAGGCGCUGCAGAGGAGGGAGUGCUCCGUGCGCGAGGAGCUCCCGUCCCACGGGGCCAUCUGGGCCGUGCUGGGCCACCUGUCGGAGAUCCUGGGGGAGGUCCUGCUGUUCGACGGGAACCGGACGGACAAGAACUACAUGCGGCUGGAGGAGCUGCUCACCAAGCAGCUGCUGGCCCUGGACGCCGUGGACCCGCAGGGCGAGGAGCAGUGCAAGGCGGCCCGGAAGCAGGCCGUGAAGCUGGCGCAGAACAUCCUCAGCUUCCUGGACCUGAAGUCGGACGAGUGGGAGUACUGAGGCCGGGCCGCCGCCCCGACGUGUAUGUAUUUACGGAGAGCUUGCGGCUCGCCGAGCCCAGCUGUGGUUUGUACCUGCAUUUUGCAAUCUCAGUGUUUAUGAUUUCAGCAAAUUAUAUUCCCUACCUGCUGCUUUUGAUGUCGCAAAACAAAUAUCAUUACAGCUCGCUGACUUUCCCACUGGAUCGUGAUCUGUAUGUCAUGGUGUUAUUUUCUUAAUCAGAAAAUGGCAUCGGGGCAGCUUCUGUGAUUUUUAACUGGGUUGUGCAAAAGCAUGAAAACACAAAUGUUUCAGAAUCCAGGACGGGGCCUGGCCUUGCCCAAUACUAGGACAGUUGUGAGAAAGGGCAGACUUUUUAAGUUAGAAGUAAGGUGCAAGCGCAGAAGCAGGGAGUAUGUUUUAUUCUGCUAAAUAAAGCAGGACUUUUCCAUUUAUCGGCCUGAUUGGUCCCGCCCAACUUACCUGGGUGGGUGGUGGUUUUACUGUCUUGGGAUGGUCUGUUCUUUCAUAAACUUGGUUUGGGAAGCAGGCAUUUCCCAGGCUCUCUGCGUUCAGGCCUGCUCACCUGCCUAGUGCUACCGCACGGAGCCCCCCUCGCAGGCUCCUUUCCCUGCCCCUCUAGGGAGUCUGUGUCCUCGUUCAGUUCGGUGCCUCCCGUGGCAUGUGUUUCCACGAUGUGACAUGAAGAGAAUCUGUAGUGGAAGUAACGCCCACCCCUCCCAUGUCUGUGACAUAGGACCUUUGUGUGUGACACAAAAUUGUGGACAUUGAUAGCAAAGAACCCUUUGAGGCUGCGUUGAAAAGGGAUAAGACGCCAGCUAAUACUUUGAGUGGUUUUGUUUGUAAAGUCUGAACUGACGGUUUUCCUUAGUAAUCAGUAAGGAGGGAAACGUUUCCAUGGACCUGGAGA